AUGCACUUGUCUAAAGGUGGGAUUGUGAGGUUGAGGAAAUUUCAUGAGUUGAGGGCAAAGCAGUACGAGAUUAAAAAUGGAGAGGCACCACCAACACAUUCACUUGGUAUUGCUCCUUGGACGGGUAGCCAUCUGUGUGAGGAAUGUGGGAAGACUUUCACACAGAAAGUUGGGUUGAGAGUCCACAGAAUGCACAAGCAUGGGGACCCAAAGCAGUUCCCAUGUGGUCUUUGUAGCUAUGAAGGAGUAACAAAAGCUAAGUUAGCUAGACAUAUGAGGAGUCAUUCAGAAGACCGAAUCUUUACGUGCGAAUAUUGUGGUUUAGCUUUAAAAACAGCAGACACUUAUAAAAACCAUAUGGCUCUACAUACUAAUGAGGGUAAAUAUCAGUGUAAUGUUUGCCAUAAAGCUUUCCAUCAUAAACAAUAUUAUGAAGAUCACCACAGAAGUCAUUUUGAUAUACGUGAUUACAAGUGUGUAAUUUGCCAGACCUCUUUCAAAACUAGCAAAUCUCUGCGUACUCAUAUUAGAGGAGUUCAUUUAAAUGACAAACGUAUUGUUUGUACUAUAUGUGGUGCGAGAUUUAUGACUAAUUACAACUUAAGAAGUCAUAUGAAGAAACAUGCUCGUGCUGAGCAAAAUCAUCCCAAGCAUCAGUGCAAAAUAUGUAACAAAAAAUUCCAUAGUGUACCUGGGCUGGAUACCCACCAGAGAGUUGCUCACCCAGAAGAAUACCAGCCAGUCCAAAUAAAAAUAGAAUCAGAUGCCUCCUCCAGAUCAACCCCAUUAACCUCGGUUGUCUACAAGAGAAUCAAGACUGAGUUGUGCGAAGAGAUUGAUGGCAGCCAGAUUUACACAGCUGAUGUCGAGCACAUCAUCGAAGAGGCUGGGACUGAGGCCAUUGCCUAUGCAGCCAAAGAGAAUCUCCUUCAGGAUUGCACAGAAGCCAUAGAAACUGUUGAAGCAGUAGUUGAGGACAGUGGAGAUAUAGAACCAAGGCAGCAUGUUAGCAUUAUAUAUGUCUACCCAUGCAGUGACUGUGGUACCAUGUUUACUUCUCAGGAUUUGCUCAUGACACACAUGAAGACACACAAGUGA